UCUUGUUUAUUAGUCAUUUUUAUUUAACAUUUUUGUAUACUUCAAUAAAAUAUAAGAUACUUCAGAUUAUAGUAAUGAGAUAGUAUUCUGUAUAUCCGUUAUAGUAUUCACAUAAACUCUCAAUCUUGAGAUACAAAUAUUAAGUGUUUAUUAGGAAAACAUAAUAUAAAAUGGAGCUUCAAGACACGUACUAUAACAAAUCUGAAUACGUUGAAACUGCUUCAGGAAACAAAGUAAGUAGACAGACUGUACUCUGUGGAUCCCAAAAUAUAGUAUUACAUGGAAAAGUUAUAGUUCAAAGUGAUGCAAUAAUCAGAGGAGACUUAGCUAAUGUGAAAACUGGGAGAUUCUGUAUCAUCAGCAAAGGUUCAGUUAUUCGGCCACCUUUUAAAAAGUUUAGCAAAGGGGUUGCAUUUUUUCCUCUACAAAUGGGUGAUCAUGUUUUUGUAGGGGAGAAUACAGUUGUUAAUGCUGCCGUUGUGGGUUCAUAUGUUUAUAUUGGAAAAAAUGUUGUUAUAGGUAGAAGAUGUGUACUUAAAGACUGUUGCAUGAUCGAAGAUAACUCAGUGCUACCAGCAGAAACUGUUGUUCCUUCAUUUGCAAGAUACUCUGGCAACCCUGCAAGACUCAUAACAACACUUCCCGAAGCAAUGCCUGAUUUAAUGACUGAAUUUACAAAAAGCUAUUAUCAACAUUUUUUACCAAUAACAGUAAAUUAAGAAAUACUAAGUUUUUUCAACAUGGAA